CGUUUACCAGUCGCUUGCGAACAGCCCGACAGAACAUUUGGAGGUCACAAUGAUGAAGCUAGCAAGGGGAAGUCUGACAAGUUCUGAGGCUUUCGAGUCAGAAGACGACUACAUUCAGAGGAUGGAGGCACAGAGUGAUAUCACGUUCUUCAAAACGUACGACAUAACAUACGAGUUCACCGCCACGACCUUCACAAAAACUUCCCGGCUUCCAAUCAAGAGUCAACGGCUUGAUGGCACUCCUUUUGUAUGGUAUAGAUCCUGGAACCAUGAGCGCAUCACCAAUGAGGCCAGAGCCUUGGAAAUAGUCUUGAAGGAGACGAAGAUACCUGUUCCGCGACUGCUAGCCCAUGGGAGUCAUCCAGAUGGUCGGAGAUUUUUAAUCACAGAGUUCAUUGAAGGCCCCCGUCUGGACACGUUUCCUGGCCGGAGUUGCUCCAAGCCAGAGGGACAGGAGCACACAAACGGUACGUCGUGUAAAGACUGUUCAGACCAGGCUUAUGCAAAUGCUCUCGACUUUAUUUCUGGCACAGUUAUGCCACAGCUCGCAACCAUGAAAUCUCAAUCUCGGGGUAUCGAUGGAUUUGUUAUGCCCCCCUCUUGGCUAAGCCCUGACAUCCAGCCUCCGUGGACAGGAAAAGAACGCUGGAAAACUCUCCCUUUAAAGCAGCCUGAGUAUGUCUUCCAACAUGGUGAUAUCGCAGCCCAUAACAUCAUCAUGGAUCCACGAACACUGAAGGUAAAGGCCUUGAUUGAUUUUGAGUAUGCUGGAUUUUACCCACCAGGAAUGGAAAACUGGACUGGAACGCUUUGUCCAGAUGCGUACAACAGGCGUAGCGAAAAUAUAGCCCAUCUGAUAAAGCAAUUCCUUGCGACGGAGUACGUCGAAUGUUACGACAAAUGGAGCGACAAAAUGGAGUUAAACAAGUUAACCGACCUUGGGAAACUUCCGCAUCCAGAUCAAGUGAGGCAGGAUGGUACAGAGGAUUGAUUAAAUGCAUGACGAAGCUUCUUGAAUCCUGACUUGUCUCAUAGAUAACCUCUCUACUUUGAAUGCCUGAGUGUGACCGAUGCAUUCUUUGCUUCAAUCAAAAGUGUUUCCUCCACAAUUCAAGCACUGCGUAGUAGUGUGCGAGACAACCGCGUCACAGCCCCGGCACCUCUUCAUGAUAGGAGGGUUGUUUAGUAUCGUGGUGUU